CAACCUGCCCAGGCAAAGCACAGAGAGCAUCUGGCAGUCCGACUGCGCAAAAUCAAUCAAUAAAAAAGGUGGACAGCCAUGGACGAGAACAACAGGAUAACCAUCACUGUGUGUGGCGACGGAGGAUGCGGAAAGAGUUCAAUCACAUUACGGCUGGUGAGGAGUCAAUGGACAUCAGAAUACGACCCUACGAUAGAAGACUCGUACUCGGUAACGCGCACGAUUGACGGCGUCCCUUACUACCUCAUGCUCACCGACACGGCUGGCCAAGAAGAGUACCGCGGCCUGUGGGCGGCCUCGAACCUGCAGUCCGACGCCUUCCUGCUCGUCUACGACAUCACAGCCGCAAACUCGCUCGACGCGCUAGAUUACUUCAUGGAGAUGAUCGACAUGGAGACGGACAACCGGCUAGACAAUGGCAAGAUACCGCCAAUCAAGUGCGUCGUCGGCAACAAGUGCGAUUUGCAGGGCCAGCGCGUCAUUGAAGCAAAGACGGGGCUGGAAUGGGCACGGACGAGGAAGUGCGGCUUCAUGGAGACGAGUGCGCGAGAAAUGGUCAACAUCGAGGAGACAUUUGCCCUCCUUGUCCGCCGCGUCGUCGAAGCACGAAGACUCGCCGCGGGCGAUAGCGCUAUAAACCGUACGGCCGCCAUGCCCCUCUCCUCCAACCCAAAUCUCUCCCCGGGACAGACGUACACGGAAAAGCACCAAGACGACGGCGAGCCCAAACAGAGCUUCUGGAGCAAACUGAAGUGCUGGUAGCCCUCUCUUUUUUCCCCCUCGGAAAUACUCGGUCCGCCUUGCAGGUUUUGUCUUUGUGCCCUAAAAGCCCCGCGUUGGAGGGGCAAUAGAAUGGUCGGAUGACGACCUUGUUGGGGAAAUGCGUGCAAGGGCAUAUGCAUUGAUAUGCAUGCUCAAAGCUUAUGCGCGUGCCUUUGUUUCUCCAUGGCCAAAUCGUCUGGUUUCCCUUUGUUUGCAAGCUGCAUUGAGGCUGGCGCCCUUUGUGGUCUGCUUCUUGCAGUAGAGUCUCUUGAAAAAAAGGAGACUCGAUGACAUGUACUGUACCUUGCUCUCUCUCUCUUUCUUGUAUCUUGUCUUGUCGUGUCAUUUUCCCUUUUUUUGUUUCCUCUUAUCGUUGGACGGGAGUGGCAUUGACAUACGCAUCGCAUGGAUAUGUUGGUUAGCGGGAUGGCUGGGGGAUCAU